ACGGCAGCCUGGAAGCGCGAAGGAUCGAAAAGCCGGAUGAGCAGAGAGGAAAUGAAAGCAAGUGCUGCUGCAGGACUGUGUUAGAUUGAGUUCAAACUGAUUUAACAUACAACAUCCAUUUCAUCUCGGAAUGAGGUGUCAAAGCACUAGCGUGCGUCAGAUCUCCAUUUCCUCUGAGCCUCAUCGCAUGUUCUUUCUCAAACUAGAGUGGGCUAAGGAUCUUGGAUCUGGCUUCAUAAUCCUUCUGUCCGAUGGUGUCUCUGCGUGGAGUGGUGAAGUUUCAGAGGAGGAUGUGUCCCGUGAAGCCCAGGAGAUCGAGAUGGAGCGAGAGCGGUAUGUUGGUGACCUGCACCUGGCUUUGACCGGAGAGGGACCGGCAGCGGAGGGGGAGUACAGCUUCCACCUGACACCUGAGAGACCCGGCAGCACCCUGCUGCAGCUGUCUUAUGAGAAGGUGCAGAACGACAUCUCGUUCAGGCUCGGUGUGGUGGAGCUGCAGUCGGUGCCUGAGCCCACUGAAGUCAUAAGGGAGCUCAUUAGUCACAGCCUGGAGCAGAGCGUACGUCUACGGGCCAAAAACCAGCACCUGCUUGAGGAGAACCAGAAGCUGAGGAAAGAACAGGAACACAUCACCAAAGAGAUGGAAAGGUACGUUCAGGGAAAGGAGACGUUGGAGAGAGACCUUUACAGUCGCUUUGUGCUGGUCCUCAAUGAGAAGAAAGCCAAACUCAGAGUCCUGCAGGAGAGAGUCAGAGAGCUAGAGGAAUCUAUAGAAGAGAAUCGACUGAGAAAGAAAAAGGCAGAUAGUGAAGACCGCGAGGCGACUGAGACUGCAGCAGAUAAAAGUCCCGGAGAAGAGAGUGAUUAUGGAGGUAGUACAGAAGACGAACAGGAGGCUGAACCCAGAUGCCCUGACCCAAAGCCUCCUACACAAGAGAUGCCAGAAAGCAGCCCGAUGGACGACAUCACAGAUGUGGCCCCCUGCCGCAAACGUCGCCACAGACAUCUCCAACAGCUGGAGACUCAAGCCAAACGGGCAGCGCUGGACCAGCGACAGAGAUCCAGAGAGAAGCCGACGGAAGAGGCCAAAGCCGAAACGAGCAAAACGUCAAGCGUCCAACUGAAACCAGCAACCGCUGCUGCGAACCUUGAUCCAGACGACCUGUUCGAUGAUAUAUGACCCUCUUUUGGGGUCUAAUGAGCACCGUUCAUGAUAAGCAUGGCUUUUGUACUGUUUUUAAACUAUAGGAGUAAUAAAAUGAUACAUUUUUUAAGUAUUUUUACAAUGAAUUGACUCUACAACAUGGAAGCUUGUUUCCACCAUGGAAUAAAAGUAAAAUAGUAAUUGAGAGUUUAUACUGUAUCCCAAAAUUCGUGAGUUUAUAUCUCACAAUUCUGUGGGAAAAGUCUCAAUUGUGAGAAAAAAAGAUUGCAAGAUUCACAAUUCUGACAAUUGUGAAUUGUGAGAUUGCGAGAAAAAAAGUCAGAAUAUAAACUCGCAAUUGCAAGAAAAAGGAAAAAUAAAUAGCCACAUUUAGCUUUUUUUAAUUGAGUUUAUAUCUCACGAUUCUGACUUUUUUUUUCACAAUUCCAAUUUUAUCUCACAAUUCUGAAAAAAGUAAGAAUCACAAGUUAUAAACUCGCAAUUGCGAGGAGAAAAAAAGUCAGAAUUGUGGGAUAAAAAGCUGCAGUUACCUUUUUUUUUUAAAUUGAGUUUAUAUUUCACAAUUCUGACUUUCUCACAAUUCCAAUUUUAUAUCUCACACUUCUGAAAAAAGUAAGAAUUGCAAGUUUAUAUUCGAUAUGUGGUGGAAACAAGCUUAUUAAACAAUGAAAGUAAAAAAAAAAUGAACACUACUUUUUAACAAUGAGAACUGAAGAAUGAAGAGGCAAAAUUAGUCCAUUUUUAACUGUAAGGUGUGAAUAAAUAUGAUCAAUAUGAAUAAAGAUUUGUUUUUCUAAUUCC